UCAUGUGUGGCCUGCAGGGAUGAAGAUGAAGAGGGGGCACUGACAGGUCAUCCCAGAAACCCAACCCAUGUUGCACCAUUUUCUGGGGGACUCCCCAAUGUUUUGGGGGACACUCUGGGGAAAGAGCUCACUGAGGAACCCUCCGUGCCAGAACCUCUUCCAGCACCUCGCAUGACCAAUGACAUCCUGGGGGAAGAGCUCACUGAGGAACUCUCCAUGCCAGAACCUCUUCCAGCACCAUGCAUCACUGACAACAUCCUGGGGGAAGAGCUCACUGAGGAACCCUCCGUGACAGAACCCUUUCCAGCACCUCGCAUGACCAAUGACAUCCUGGGGGAAGAGCUCACUGAGGAACCCUCCAUGCCAGAACCUCUUCCAGCACCUUGCAUCACUGACAACAUCCUGGGGGAAGCGCUCAUUGAGGAACCCUCCAUGCCAGAACCCCUUCCAGCAACUCACAUCACCAACAACAUCCUGGGCGAAGUGCUCAUUGAGGAAACCUCCAUGCCAGGGCCCCUUCCAACACCUUGCAUCACCAAUGACCUGUUGGGGAAAGUGCUCAUUGAGGCUACCUCAGUGCCAGGUCCUUCCAUCCUCACAGACACUCCAAAGGAAGCAGCUUCUGUGUCAAAGCCCUUACUAGAGCCUUCCAUUGCUGAUAAUUAUCUUCAGCAAGAUGUAGAACUCCUCAAAGGGUUACAGCAUGACUAUGUCCAGCAGCAACUGAGGGUUCGCCGCAUUUCCCAACAGUUCCCUCGUUCUCUCCGGGCCAUCAACCUGCAAAUUGGACACAUGCGGACAAGGCUCAUCCGCAGUGAAGUUCGGCUGCAGUGGUGGGAAAGGGAAGGCCAAAGAGACCUCCACAGCUGCCAGGAAUACUUACAAAGCUUCAAGGCACUGAGGGGACAGUUGAGGCAGCUAAGGAGCAGACUGGCCAGGGUGGAAGCCACUAUGGGGAUCAUGGUUCCUCCAAGGGAGCUGGACGUUGCUGAGGAAGACGGGGAAGGCAAAUUAAAAGAGACAACUGUGUUACUAUUUAUAUAAGUGGCAAUAAAAUGCUGUGUAUAUAUAUUUAAAAUAUUAAAUAUUUGUUUUAAUAGGAUGCAGAGAUAGA